UUAAGGUUCAUAGCAGCAUUGUCUACGCUACGGGGAAAUUGGUAACGUUGGCUGGAUUUGACAGCGAGGAUAGUGUUCAGCGAGCUAACUAACUGGGAAAGUGGGGGACAGUGGAGCAGUGAAAGAAGACUGGUCGAGUGAAUAAGUGUAAAGUGUUUUCAAAAGCGGUGUUCAUGAGUGGCCAUGUCAGGAAUCGCUCUCAGUAGACUGUCACAGGAGCGCAAAGCCUGGCGAAAAGACCAUCCGUUUGGUUUUGUUGCUGUUCCCACCAAGAACCCGGAUGGCACUCUCAACCUCAUGAACUGGGAAUGUGCCAUUCCAGGGAAAAAAGGGACUCUCUGGGAAGGAGGCCAGUACAAACUGAGGAUGCUUUUCAAAGAUGACUACCCCUCCUCGCCUCCAAAAUGCAAGUUUGAGCCGCCCAUCUUUCACCCCAACGUCUACCCCUCUGGCACUGUCUGUCUCUCCAUCUUGGAGGAGGACAAAGACUGGAGGCCAGCCAUCACCAUCAAGCAGAUCUUGUUAGGUAUUCAGGAGCUGCUCAACGAACCCAAUAUCCAGGACCCGGCCCAGGCAGAAGCUUACACAAUUUACUGCCAGAACAGAAUGGAUUAUGAAAAGAGGGUGCGGGCCCAAGCAAAAAAGUUUGCCCCAACAUAGAGCUGACCUCUGACCUUUUGAAUUCUGAAUCUGUGGUACUGGAUAGGCACUGAACAGACCAGGAGGGAGCAACUGACAGCGAGAAAAGAGAAGAGCCGGAAAGUGUCGUAAAAAAGGAGCAGAGGGGACCAUUGGGCACAUGUACAUAUAUAUGUAUAUAUAAAUGUAGAGAGAGCAAUAGACACUUUAUUUU